CAUUCUCGUCCAUCCAAACCCCCCGUAAACAACAACCGGAAAACCCACAUCCCUUAUCCCCCCCUGGAUCGACGCCCUCUAGGCCCUGUUGCAGAUUGCCUACCAGCCCCCAAAAGUUCGAUGCAACCUUAAUGGCACGUCUGCUACUGCUAGCUUCUCCUGAACGUGCCCCUUGCCAUUGAGAUCGCCACCCCCGUGUCAGCCUCCUGUUAGACAAGCCGUUGAUAAGAUAAUGUAUUAAUAUCCCUCUCUCUUUCUCUUCCUUCUCGUUCCUGACAUUCUGCCCGCUGCUUUGUAUCAUUCCUCCCUCGCUGCCUCCCCCACUCCAGCCGCCUGAUGCAAUAUUGAAAGGUUCCCUUCCACCCAACACCUGCCUUCUUUACCUAGGUACUCUGUACCGACCUACCUACAUAACAACCCCACGUGUUAUUAUCCACCGCAUCACCGUCCAUACAUGUCUCUGCUCUUUGUCAUGUUCUCGUUGUUGAGGUUUAUGUGAGAUCAGGUUUACUGAUUCGUGGACUCUCGACGCGUAAAGGGACGAGGAUCUUUCAGAAGUCUCGCCGGACAUGGCGGAUCGGAAGGGGGGAUCGGAGGCGGCGCCGGCGCCGGCGAAGCACUCCAUCCCCGCGCCGUCUUUCCCGACGCACAACUCGCCGAGGACGUGGUUCCUGACCACCGCGCUCUCACCGCUCAUCAUCCGGCUCAUCAGGCUGCUGCUCGCCCACGGCGACUACGUCGUCGCCUGCCUGCCGCCGAGCGAGAUCGAGGACGAGGGCCGCAGCGCCGAGUUCCGCGAGCUCGUCAACGAGUGCAAGAGCACCCGCAGGGACCGCGAGGGCUGGAAGGACAGGAUACGUGGCAUCCGCUGCGACGGGCGCGUCAUGGGCCAGUGCGGCGCCGCCGUCGCCGAGGCCGUCCAGGUAUUCGGCCGGAUCGACAUUCUGCUGUGUUGUAGAUCUGAAGCCGUCGUGGGAAGCGUCGAGGAGCUCUCCACGAGCCCCCUGGCCCAGAACCUCGUCCGCGACCAGUUCGAGACCAUCUUCUUCUCCCAGGUCAACUUCAUCAAGGCCGCCCUUCCCCUCCUCCGAUCCCAGCACACGGGGCAUAUCAUGAUCCUCUCCAGCACGGGUGGUCACAUCGGCACCCCCGGCAUGCCUAUCUACACCUCGGCCAUCUGGGCGCUCGAGGGCUUCUGCGACUCGCUCGCCUACGAGAUCGCCCCCUUCAACAUCAAGGUCACCAUCGUCCAGCCCAACAAGGAGAUCCAAUCCCUCACCAACAAGAUCAUCUUCGCGCCCCAGCUGCCCUGGUACGACUCCGACGUCAACCCAGCCCCGAGCAUCCGCGACAUGCUCGGCAACGUCCUCAACAUGAACCCCGACACCGCCGUGCCGGACCCCAACGAGACGGACGAGGUCCAGGUCCGUUACCCGAAGCUGUCGCCCGCCGCCACGGACCGCCUCGUCCUCGAGACCGUGCACGCCCUGACCGCCAUCGGCGGCCACGAGAACCCGCCCGCGAGGCACAUCGUCGGCUUCGAGGGCGCCAUCGCCGUCAAGGAGAAGCUCAAGACCGUCACCGAGGAGCUCGAGGACUUUGUCGACGCGAGCCUAGCUGUCGACAUCUUUGACAGCGAGCUCAAGGCCGAGGCCAAGGAGGGCAAGACGAGGGAAUCCACCCCGCCCGCGCCGCCGUCCAUUGCCUCGGGCUGAA